GCCCCCUCCUCCCGGGCUGGGCGCGCAGUCCCCGCGGCUGCCUGCCGCUGCCCCGGGUCUCCUCCUUGUGCGGCCCCAAAGUUCCGGCCUCGGUGCUGAGAGGGAAGGUUUAGAUCGACGGACGCGGUGGCCGGCGAUGGGCGCGGGCUAGCUUUUGUGAAGCUCGUGUCAGACACUGAAAAGACAGAAAAGUCUGUCAGCUCCUAUGAAGCGCCUGUUUGUGCGACGCCGCCCCUCCUGGAGUUUACACUCGCAUUUUCUCAUUUAUAGCUGUGUGUGCAAUUGCCUCUUGGAAAUACAGAUAUAUUCAUCAUGCCAACGGUAGUGGUGAUGGAUGUGUCACUCUCUAUGACUCGGCCUGUCUCUAUCGAGGGAUCAGAAGAAUAUCAACGAAAACACCUAGCGGCCCAUGGUUUGACUAUGUUAUUUGAGCACAUGGCCACCAAUUACAAGCUUGAGUUUACAGCCUUGGUGGUUUUUUCUUCACUUUGGGAGUUAAUGGUCCCUUUUACAAGAGAUUAUAACACUCUUCAGGAAGCACUGAGUAAUAUGGAUGAUUAUGAUAAAACAUGCUUAGAGUCUGCAUUACUUGGUGUUUGCAAUAUUGUUCAACAAGAAUGGGGAGGCUCAAUUCCUUGCCAGGUUGUUCUAGUAACCGAUGGAUGCCUAGGCAUUGGGAGAGGUUCGCUGCGCCACUCACUAGCUUCUCACACUCAACGAAGCGACAGUAAUAGAUUUCCUCUGCCUUUCCCUUUUCCAUCUAAGUUAUACAUCAUGUGCAUGGCAAAUUUGGAAGAGCUCCAGAGCUCAGAUUCCCUAGAUUGUCUUGAACAACUCAUAGACUUAAACAAUGGUGAAGGACAGAUUUUUACCAUUGAUGGUCCUUUGUGCUUGAAGAAUGUACAGUCUAUGUUUGGGAAACUGAUAGACCUGGCAUAUACACCUUUCCAUGCUGUUCUCAAAUGUGGUCACUUAACAUCUGAUGUGCAAGUCUUCCCUAGACCAGAACCUUUUAUUAUAGAUGAAGAAAUUGAUCCUAUUCCUAAAGUAAUAAAUACAGAUCUGGAAAUAGUGGGUUUUAUCGAUAUAGCUGAUAUUUCAAGCCCCCCAGUUCUGUCUAGGCAUCUGGUUCUACCCAUUGCUCUUAAUAAAGAAGGUGAUGAGGUAGGUACAGGCAUCACUGAUGACAAUGAAGAUGAAAAUUCAGCUAAUCAGAUUGCUGGUAAAAUACCCAACUUUUGUGUCCUGCUCCAUGGCAGCCUCAAAGUAGAAGGAAUGGUAGCCAUUGUUCAGUUAGGUCCUGAGUGGCAUGGAAUGCUAUACUCUCAAGCUGACAGCAAGAAGAAAUCAAAUCUCAUGAUGUCUCUCUUUGAACCUGGUCCAGAACCUCUCCCUUGGUUGGGGAAAAUGGCACAACUGGGGCCAAUUUCAGAUGCUAAAGAAAAUCCUUACGGUGAAGAUGAUAACAAGAGUCCUUUCCCCUUGCAACCUAAAAACAAGCGCAGCUAUGCCCAGAAUGUGACUGUGUGGAUUAAACCAAGUGGUUUACAGACAGAUGUUCAAAAGAUUUUAAGAAAUGCAAGAAAACUGCCUGAAAAAACACAAACAUUCUAUAAGGAGCUAAACCGUUUACGGAAGGCUGCCCUAGCAUUUGGCUUCCUGGAUCUCUUGAAAGGAGUAGCUGACAUGCUAGAAAGGGAGUGCACCCUUCUCCCUGACACAGCCCACCCUGAUGCUGCAUUCCAGUUAUCCCAUGCUGCCAGGCAACUCAAAUUGGCCAGUACUGGUACCUCCGAUUAUGCAGCUUAUGAUCACAAUAUUACCCCACUUCAGACAGACUUUUCUGGAAGCAGUACUGAAAGAAUGUAAAGUUGGCUUGUUUGGGAAACAUUUCCUUUAAAAAAAGAGAGAGAUUUUCAAAGUGGGGAGUCAGGAGAUGAAAACCUAUCUACAUUAGGUUGGAAUCACUAAGCUGAGUCUAAAGAAUCUCCAAAAAAAUUCUUAGAAGUAGUUAACUUCUUAGCUUCCAUGUUGGAGAGAAGUUGAGUGUCAAAGGCCCUGGCUUCUGAAGGACAGUGGUUGUUUCUGCUAUGCAAAUUUCCUAGGCAGCUUUGGCUGGGAGUGGAGCUCCCUCUAUCCAUGAGCAAGUGUAUGAAAACUCAUCAGUAGGAGCUCUCCCCUCUCUGAUCUCUAAAAAGGCAUUUACUCUCCUGCUUUAAAAGCCAACCAGCAAAAGGACAAGUUUUCUUUUAACAUCUGCACUUGGAAUGAACAAUUCAGGCAACCAAGAGAUUGCCCUUGUUAGAACUUAAACAAAAUGGGGAUACUGAUGAUAUUGUUUAUUUUAAGAUGCAGUUUUAAACAAUGACCAAAUAUCUAAUACAUAUAAAAUUGAUUGGAGCUUUUUUUUUUUUUUUUUUUUUUAAGUUUUAAGGUAAAUGAACAAUAAAAUGCUUGAUUUUACAAAACGGCUUCACUUGGAGAUUAACAUUUCAGAUUUUGUUUGUUUUCCAACCUAUUAACUGAUCAGUAUUUAAAUCAAUCUGCAGGUUUUUAAGAGUGCUAAAAUAGCACAGGUUUACAAUAUGAACCCUGAGUUCCACUUUGGGUUAAACUGCUGGUGCAAAGGAUUAUUAUCUUCUACAUCAUCUCAUAGGCCAAAGCUCAGUCAAAAUCGAGUUCUGGCAACAACAAAAAAAAUCUAAGGAAUAAGUAUGAAAUUUUUAAGAUAAAACUGAAUUGAGAAUGAGGAGCUCUGCUCAGUUUCUGCUAUCACAAACUAGCUAGAACCAAGCAGAAAUUCCCAUCCUUACUGCACCUCAGCCAAUCUAUAAAAUUGAGAGGACUAGACUUAAGAGGGUUUCUUGAACUUGUCAUGGCUCACCUCUCACAAUAAUGCCUUUAAAUGCAUAAAAUAAAAUGUGUAGUAGGAGAAAAAAGGGAACUAACUUUUUUGAAGUUUUCAAAACAAAAAUCUUUUAAACCACAAUUUAAACCAAAAAGGAACUCUUAGACUAGAUAAUCUCUAUAUUCCAGCUAUUCCGAAAACUGCCAUUCAGAGCCUCUGAAAUUGUAGACAAGCGACAUUUCCCAUGCUUGGCUAUCUUUUAUAGCUUCCUAUGGAAGGGAUAUUGUGCCCAAUAUGGGAGAACGUGUUAGAUGAAAAAGUUACAUGAAAAUAAAAGAGUGAAUCCACCUGAAUCUGCCAGAGAAGUACUCCAAACUGAGGUAAAAUCUGAUAGUCCUACCUUCAAGAUUCUGAAUAAAGCGCCACAAAACUCUAAGGUUUUGAUUGUAAAUGUUUUAAUAGAAAUCCACCAUCUUUUGCCUCCUCAGAGACAAUAUAAUAAGAUCCAUGACAAUCACAAAGAAUACAAGUUUUUUUCCUUGAGAGUGCAGGCCACUUGACUGCAAAGCUGAAAUUCCUGAUUUCAUAAGAACUCAAGUUGAAAGAACAUGUCAGGAGUCAGUAUGAACAAGUUGUGUUGAUGAUAAGUUGCAGACAUGCAAAACAUUGUCCUACCAAAGAAUAAAUUAAAAGGGGAAAAUGCCUUCCUUAUGCUAAUUAGGUAUUUGAUAUCAAGCCAAGAUUUCUUUUUCCUAGGCUCACAGCUCCUGUAACUAGAAAGGGUAACUCAUUGUGUGAGCCCCAGCAAGAACAAUGGCUUCUGUUCCAGGAUAGAGAUGAAGGAUCUAUUUAUGCCUUGAAUGCUUUACUUCAAAUGUUUUUUCUAACAGACUUUAUACAUGGCAUACUCAAAAUGCAGUGGGGAGAAACCCUAUUAAUCUUUAAAACAAGUGAUCUUUUUUCUUUCAAAUUCCUUCUACCCCUGCUAGGAUGUUUCCUUCCAGAAUCUCUUAGUGACACCAGCUAGCAGACUGCCAAAUUCCCAACUUUGUUUUCCCAAUUUUGCUACAAUGGUAAGUGAAAAAGUCAGUUUAAACUACUAGAAUGAAGGCAGCUAUGGUCCUCCAAAAAAUGCAUUUCCCACUAUUCUUUUACAAAUAGACAACUGAUGGAUUCUGUGCACUGAGCAUAGAUAACCCAAUAUCUUAUGUUUGUGCACUGCCUUAAAUUUACUUUGUUCAUCCUAAUGACAUGAAUUUUAAGAAUUAUUUAACUUCAGCA